UUUUGGUUCCUUUGGUUAAGCCAAAACUUUUCAAAUGUGGAAAAUCUGGUGGACAAGACACUUUAUUUUAAGGGAAAAAUGUGUUUUUAGUCAAAGUGGUCUAAGUUCUUAAUGUUGAUAUUGAUAAAUUUGGUCUUCAAACUUUCAGUCAAGAAACGUGCAGAUGUGGAAAAUCUGGCAGACAAGACACUUUUUAUAUGGGAAAAAUGUAUUUUUAGUCAUGGUCAAAGUUCUUAUAUUUUCAUAUCCAUGAAUUUGGUUCUCGAAAAACAUGUAGAUUUAGUUCUUCCUUUCUAAGAAAUCAUCAUGUUAAGUUACGAGGAAAUAAAUUCGUAUGUUUAUUUACCCAAAAAAAAAUGUUUUUCGAUGAAUAUGAAAGUACAAGGGCAUUUGACAUGGGGUAAACGGAAAUUUUCCUUUUUUUGUCUAUUACUUGGAGUUGGCUCUUGAAGCAAACCACGAUUGUUGGUAAAUUUUUUAUUCUUUUUUCUGGUGAACUUUCAACACAUUCUUAAACAUACUCUUUUGGGCACAGUACAAUCUUUAUUAAUGGUUGAAAUUUAAUAGAAAUUACACACAAAAAAAUGUGUGUUUUACUUCUUAAUUAAUGAGUUUAAUUCAUGUGUUAGAAAAGUUUUUUAGAGAGUGUCCUGUUUAGAGUUUCUUCUUGUACAUUUUUCAUUCCCCUAUGUGACUCAUUAUGCAUUUAUGAUAUUUGUUGAUAGAAAUGAAGCCGAAUUUGAAAAGGUAGAAUAGGAGCGGUUAAGCUGAAGGUUAUGAUAGUGUCUGGUGUGUUUUCUUCUUGAUCUGUUUUCUAUUUUUCAGGGUGAAAUGAAGGUGGCUACCAUUCAAAAUGUUUUUGCUGUCAUAAAGGGAUCGGAAGAGCCCGAUCGACAUGUUCUGCUUGGGAACCAUAGAGAUGCAUGGACGUAUGGUGCUGUUGAUCCCAGCAGUGGGACAGCUGCCCUACUUGACAUUGCUCGUCGGUUUUCUGUUCUAUUGGGCUUGGGGUGGAAGCCAAGGAGGACAAUCAUUCUCUGCAGUUGGGAUGCAGAGGAAUUUGGGAUGGUGGAUAGGAUCCACUGAGUGGGUUGAACAAAACCUUAUUAAUCUGGGUUCCAAAGCUGUAGCAUACCUUAAUGUUGACUGUGCUGUUCAAGGCCCUGGCUUCUUCGUUGGCUCAACUCCUCAGCUAGACAAUCUUAUUCUUGAGGUCAUGAAAAAGGUCAAGGAUCCUGACUCUGAGGGUGUGUCAUUAUAUGAGAAUUGGGCUGCUGGUGGUGGAGGCAAUAAUGUAAUGUUUCUGUCACUACUGGUUAAGUGUUUGUAACAAUUGUCAUGAUGCUCCAGAGGACUAUGAUAUCUUAAUUAACAGUGUUGUUUAAUGCCCAGGAUCCUAUUGCUACUCAAUUUCUGUCAGUCACUGAUCAAACUUGGGUUUUGAGCUGGCAUAUAGUUCAAAGUAGUUUGAUAAUUAAUAGCUUAUAAUUGGGAUCUUACGAGUACCUUGAGUUUUGGCAGCCAGUGUGUAAAACUGAAACUGGGUCAAUAGGAGACUGCCAUUCUUUGUUUCCCUUGAUGAUAGAUUUAUUUUUUUUAGUAGGAUAUGAUAUUUGACUUUUAAAUUAAAUCUUAUUGCUGUACUGU